UAUAAAAGGUUGUUCCCAUGAACUUUCUCUCGCGCCGUGACAAACGACAUUGAAUGCAGACUGCCUCAGCUUACACAGGAGGAAAAAAAUAAGAUAAAAUGCCUACAGACUACAAUGGACGUUGGGAGAUGGUGAGCAAUGAAAACUUUGAGGAGCUGAUGAAGGCACUUGACAUUGACUUUGCCACCAGAAAGAUCGCCGCUCACCUCCAUCAGACCAAAGUGAUCGUCCAGAAUGGAGACCGCUUCGAAACCAAGACUCUGAGCACCUUCCGAAACUAUGAAGUCAACUUUACUGUGGGAGAGGAGUUUGAGGAGCACACAAAGGGCCUGGACAACCGCAAGGUCAAGACACUAGUUGUCUGGGAUGGAGACAAACUAGUGUGUGUCCAAAAGGGGGAGAAGGAAAAUCGAGGCUGGACACAUUGGAUUGAAGGAGACCUUCUAUACCUGGAACUCACUGCUGUGGACAAAACCUGCCGCCAAGUGUUUAAAAAGAUGAAAUAAGAAAGGAAGAAAUUUUAUCUGCACAAUAUUGUCGCAGUAUUGUAAUGCGUUUUACUUGUAUUUAUUAUGUAAUUGUGUGGACUUGCAAUAAACAGAUUUAA